CAAAAGCCUUUUCUACUUAGUCUUCCCUAAGCUUAUUAAAAUUCAGAAAAGGGGAAAAAAAAAAAAAGCCUUCACUUGUCAAAAAAAAAAUGUCGAAUCCCGGAGAACCCUUACGUAUAUCGUCGGAAUAUCCCGGCACCGGAGGAGCCUCUGGACGGCAACAAGAGCCGGACGGCGAUGCCGAUCUACGUGUUCCACUCCAAAAUCUCUCGACGGUGAAAAGAAGGAUGGACUCUCUACAAGAUUUCCUCUCUCAAUCGGUCAACACCAACACUUUGAUCUCCAAAGAUCAAAUGGACCACGUUUCCUCCGAAAUCGUCAACGCCGUCCACCAAACUAUCAUCAACGGUGCCGCUCUUCUCUCUUGUGCCCAAAUCCAUUACCGUAAUCUGGCUCCGGUUCUAAACCCGACACCAGAAACAAAACCCGAGUUCGAAGAUUACGAUGGAGGAGAGUCCGAGGUAAUCGAAUUAGACGCCGUCGAAUUGCUUUCGGAACAUUUACAUUUCUGCGAAAUUUGCGGGAAAGGUUUCAAACGUGAUGCGAAUCUACGGAUGCAUAUGAGGGCUCACGGAGAUCAGUACAAAACUCCAGAAGCGUUGGCGAAGAAACCGGAAGUAAAGAAUACAGUUCGGAAAACCCAAUUCUCGUGCCCAUAUGAGGGGUGUAAUAGAAACAAGAAACAUAAAAAAUUUAGGCCACUGAAGUCGGUUAUUUGUGUAAGGAACCAUUUCAAGAGAAGCCAUUGCCCAAAAAUGUAUUGUUGCAAUAGGUGCCAUAAGAAGAGUUUCUCGGUUUUGGCGGAUUUGAAGGCUCAUUUGAAGAAUUGUGGCGUAGGUGAAGAGAGAAAGAAGUGGAAAUGUAGUUGUGGGAAUGGGUUUUCAAGGAAAGAUAAGCUUUUUGGACAUAUAUCAUUGUUCGAAGGGCAUAUGCCGGCAGUGGCGGCCGAGGAGGAUCAGAAGCUGAAAGGAGUGGUGGCAAUGGAGGAAGCUGAAGACGAAGAUGAAGAUGAGUUGACGGAGAAAGAAUCCUAUUUGGAUGAUGGGUUUUUUAAUGAUCUCGAUUUGCUUGAUGGGUUUGGGUCUUUUGAGAAUUACUCUUUGCAAGAUGUGUUGGGACCGUCUCGCGUUGUGUUGUAGCAUUUUCAUCAAGGUAAGACUUGGAUCUAUAUUUAGUGUAAAAUUAUACGUUGCAAAUAUGUUUUCCAUCCUUUACUACACUGUUCUAUUUUUGAUUUUUAGUGUUGGUUUCAGAUUUUCCAAUAAUCUUUGUUGUAACAUAUAAUAAUGUUAGCUUCUUGUAAUAACAAAA